AUGCGAAGAUAUGCGGGCAACGACGUUAUUAAUUUUUUAAGAAAAACGGAUAAUUAUCGUCAAUCUCUAGGUCUAGAUAAAUCUGAGGAAGAUGAUGUACCGCCCGCUGCCGGACCCCCACCGGCAACUGCCAGACCCUCAGGGGCAAACCAUAAACCGGGUACGGUGGCUUCUUCGACAGCAAAAAUCGAGGAACAUUUACGUAAGAAUGGUGUGAAACCCAUUGCGGACGGGGUUAAAUUUAAAGACGGUCAAAUUGGUGUUUCCUAUAAUGAUAUGAUGGAGGAUUUAACAAGAAAUUAUGUUCAAACGCAACCUAAUUUAGAUCCGAAAGGAAGAUAUAAAGUAUUAUUAUUAUUGAAACAAACAAAUAUGCCAAUUUCCUUUAUAAGGAAUAAAAAGAUUAAAGAGGAGUAUAAAACACUUUUGGCUCAGGGGCAUAUGACACCCCUACGCCCCAUCGCAAAACGUCGACUACCAACGCCAGAUAAAACACCUAUAAAACCAUUAAGACGUCCAAGAGAUUAUCUUUAUAAAUAA